CGUUUGUCUAAUUGUUCAUGGCUGUAUUGGGACCGCGCUCAUCAACCCUUCGUCUCGCUGUCGGCGAUUGCGGCAAGCGUGCUCGUCAGUCUCCCCUAUCUCGCGUGACUGCUCACAGACUUCAGUCUGGACAAGACGAUCCAGACAUGUGAAAGCCAACAUCUGAUUCUUGAGCUACAAUACACCUUGGCCCAAGGGCUCAAAGACUGCUCGUCCAUCAUGGAUAUCUUCAUCUCGAACCUUGAUGCGAAGCUCACCAAAGAAAAGUUGAAAGAAAAACUGGUUCCUAUCCUAAGCCAGCUUGAGAUACACGUGUUCGAAGCUCGAAAAACCGUCAGCAAGACCUUUGCUACACUGACAAUACUAGAUACCUCCAAAGCUCACAACUUGCUUGUUCAUGCUCGCACGACCCAAAAUCUUCUACAGUCAGCUUCCGGUCGUUCAGCGCUGUUUUCGAUCAGCAAUAAGCCAGUCGAUCAACACUGGUUGCGAGUCCUUCGCAAGGAAGAAAAGGAUCGAGUGAGUUCCCAAGAAUGGCGGAAAUUUGCGAAGAUCAAUGGGAAAGGUCAAGAAAUCGAGCCGAAAUCAGGACUGGAAAUUACGACUCUACAGUGUGGACGAUUCGAAACAAGAACGGGGAGGACAUUAUUCGUGCCCUAUUUCAGUUGCGACACACAAGGAAAAUUGACAAGAACUGGACGAGCACUGGUAGUAUCCAUCAGCACAUCCUGUUCCAAAUCUUAUGAUCUUGUCAUAGAUUUGUCCGCCAUACUGGCGUUAACUGGAUCAGGCUCCAGGAGUUCGAGUACCUUGAUGAUUACUCUUGUUCUCUCGCCAAAAUUGUACGAGGAUACGACACCUACUGGCAAUGAUCUGAAUUUGGCGGCUUUCAGUGCGAUGACUCUCGGUCGCCCUGUGAUCAGAAGAUUUCGUGACAGCACAUUACCAGGUUUAAGUGCUACCGUCAUCGGUCGUUGUUUGACGUACAGCAUCACCGUUUCGACAAGUUUAAGCGAUCUGGAGCAUCAAAUUAAUUCGAUGGUGUAUCAGAGGAUCCCCAUGACGAUAACAUCAACGAAGUAUGCUGCACUUCCAGACGCUCAAUACUCAGAGCAGCUAUCCAACCUAAAUGCCAGACUCUUAAGGAUGCGAAUUUCCUUUGCUUGUAAAUUCCAGAUACAUGCACUAUGGGCUAACGGUUUGUUAUCGCCGGGUGAAGUCAACUAUCUGAUUCCAAGUAUGAAUGUGCUUCGAGAUCGAUCAGGUGAGGCAGCACUGGCAGCAACUCUACGAAAAUACCACGUGCAACUUCCUCACCCUGAUGCGACCACCGAUGGUAGCACUGCUGGGGUCAGACGUAUAUUGACCGACUUGAGGUCUAAAGCCCUCGAUCUGUUUGAGGAGGACAGCCUGUACACCUCUACCCGCGACGAGGUCUCGGUGCAUCGAGCCACAGUCACUCCCACAGGCGUUUAUUUCUACGGACCAGAAAUGGUUGCAGCCAACCGAGUAUUACGGCAAUAUCGUGCGCAUGCAGACUGUUUCCUGAGGGUUCUUUUCUCUGAUGAGAGCGGAGACCGACUUGACUACGAACGGAACGCUUCUAAUGAGCGCAUUCUACAAGGCCGGUUCCUGUCGGUCUUGCGGAAUGGACUGGAAAUUGCUGGAUUCCACUUUAGUUUCCUCGGAUUUUCACAUUCUUCGCUGAGAUCUCAGAGCUGCUGGUUCAUGCGACCAUUCGAACAAGACGGUUCGUUAUUGUUUGCCAACAAUCUUAUUAGCAAGCUUGGUGAUUUCAGUGAGAUCAGAUGUCCAGCCAAGUGUGCAGCGCGUAUUGGACAGGCUUUCUCGGAAACCACAUCCACAGUACGAGUUGACCCACAGAUUGUCAAGGUCGAUCGUGAUGUCGAACGUGGCGGCUACAUGUUUACAGAUGGCUGCGGCACAAUCUCGAGGUCGACAUGGAAGCUGUUGAGGGGCAUUAGUCGGGCAAAAGACCAGCCUACUUCUUAUCAAAUUCGAUACAAAGGAGCCAAGGGAAUGCUUACGCUCGACAGCCGUCUUGAUGGUGAACAGAUCCGACUCCGAGAAUCCAUGGUAAAGUUUCAAGGAAGUCCCUCUGAUGAGCUUGAGAUCUGUGGCACAAAUGCAAGAGCGUUGCCUUUCAAGUUGAAUCGUCAGAUCAUUAAGAUCCUAGAGGAUCUUGGGGUAGGUGGUGAGGUCUUUGAAAAGCUACAGGGGCAAGCUAUCCAGCGGCUACGGGUGAGUGCGUCUUCCAGAACCGUCGCGUUGGAUUUCGUGGUUCAACAACUCUCGGACAGUGCAAGUGGUUUGCCAACACUUCUUCGACACCUUGCCCGUAUAGGGCUUGAUGCGACAGAGGAUGAUUUCCUACGAGAGAUACUGGGAGCAUUAUUGCAGAUUCAACUUCGAGAGAUCAAGUACCGCACCCGAAUCCUUGUGCCCAUGGCGUACACACUCUACGGUAUUAGUGACGAGACUGGCUGGCUCAGUGAAGGCGAGGUCUUUGUCACAUACAUUGACGAAAAGAACAAGACGCAUUGUUGUCUGAAUGGCAAUGUAGUCGUCACGCGUUCGCCUGCUCUUCAUCCCGGUGAUGUGCAAGUCGUCCAGGCAGUAGCACCUCCACAGAGCUCAGCACUGUGGAAUCUACGGAACUGCAUUGUCUUUAGCCAGCAUGGUGAUCGUGAUUUGCCUAGCAUGCUGAGCGGAGGCGAUCUCGAUGGUGACUUGUACAACAUCAUUUACGACGAAGAGCUGAUCCCGUUACUCCGUGCCGAUCCCGCAGCGUAUCUUCCUGUGAAGCCCGUUGAUAUUGGUCGAACUGUCACGGCAGGAGAUAUGCAAGACUUCUUUGUGGACUUCAUGCAGAAUGGCCAACUUGGCAGAAUUGCAAAUCUCCACCAAGUCUUUGCCGAUACCGAUCCGAGGGGCACUUUCUCGCCCGAGUGCAUUCGACUCGCACAGUUACAUUCGGACGCGGUUGAUUUCUCAAAAAGUGGUGUCCCUGUUGACAUUAAACAGAUACCGAGAGCCCCAGGUUACCGCCCGGAUUUCAUGGCUCCGAGUGCCAGCACGAAAGUCGAAAAGGGCAUCAAAAGACCUGAAGAACUUGCUUUACCCAACAACAGUCAAUCAUAUCGCUACUACGAGUCCGAAAAGAUUCUUGGACGACUGUACAGAGCUGUCGACGAGGAUGCGUUCUUUGAUGACCUUGAAGAUGAUACCGCAUCCCUCUUUAGUAAGACAGCGUCCAACGAUGUCCUUGCCGAAAUCCUUGACUGGGUUUUGUCACAUAUCAGCCCAUCGCGAAUCCCAGGUUAUCGUGCCAUGGCCUCGAAUAUCAAAAGCCACUAUGAGUCCACCGUCCUUGAGAUCAUGUCGGUCUACGCGGUGGGUCGCACGGAACAGCUCACUGAAAAGGAGGUCCUCAUCGGCUCCAUCCUGGGUCGUUCCGGGACACUGAGCAAACACCAACGAGAGCAAUCCGAUUACAUGAAACGACAUUUCAACAGCGAGCUUCGCAAUUUGCGGGGUUACAUGGAACGACAAGUUGACGACGAUCUCUACGAAUUCGUAAGUCUCGCUGCUGCGUGUCUUGACGUUGCCGUCAACGGUGGAUCAAAGACUUCCAAUGUCAACCUACGCAGCUUUGGAUGGUUUGUUGCAGGACUAUGUGUCCCUGAAAUUGUCAAAGAACAAGAUGGAAGCGUCUAUGAUCUUGAUACUCGUUAUUGAGAGAAGACGUAAACACAUGAAUACGAGAACACGUGAUGACGAAUGAUGACUUGUCCAAGGUGAAAAAAGCUGGGACUCAGGAGAUGAAAUGUGGAUUUUGUGCCCAAAGGCAUUUUGGAGAAUGCAGGAUUUUUCACAUGUUGAGGAUGGUUUCGGGAUCAUCUGAAAUUGAAGAGAUCAAUCACAUACCCCCUUGGAACAAUACGUGUUUAUAUGACUACGAAUACCAG